AUGUAUUUCUUUCUGGUUUUCUCCAUCGAGGUGACGGGCUGCCAGCAUCCAUUUCCAUGGCCCGUGCUCUGUGGUGACCAGAGCCCCAGUGGCGCAGACCCAGUGGCCGAAGGGACCACGUACUCCGGGUUUAAGAACGCCAUGAGGAGAAAGCUGGCGGCUCGGGCUCCUGUGGCCAGCAGCCCCCUUGUCACAAGAUGGCAGCAGCGGCACGCUGGAGGCACUGCCGAGGCCCGCGGAGCGAUCCGGCUCAUCAGUGCCCCGGGGACCACGGCAGUGACAUCUCAGGUGCCUAAGGAACUCUCCAGCAUAAAAACUGUUGUGCCUCUAGCUAGCAGACAUGCUGCAGCAGGCUUGGAAGGGAGGAAUAUCAGGAGAGCUGGAAUGGAAAAGAAACAGAAAUGUCCUUCCCAGCUUCCAGUGGUCCAGGACGUUGGAUAUAGCAUUGCAGAGAGAGGUGACAUGAAGGUCUGUGAAAAUACCAAUUGCACCUGGAAGGGGUGCCAAGAGGGGAACCAAAAUGAGUUUAGAGCUGUUACCAAGAUGAAGCUUUCUGUACCAAUGGAGCUAGAAGUGAGGCUUCAUAUUACUGGCUUGCGCAAUGAUUACUAUCUAAACAUACUGGACUGGAGCCUUGAAAAUCUCAUUGCUAUUGCUGUAGGACCUGCUGCACACAUCUGGAAUGGAGGAACUCUUCAAGCCAUUGGAAGCAUUGAUUUGAAUUCCAGUUCCAAAUACAUUUCCUCUCUAGCUUGGAUAACAGAAGGAACUUGCCUUGCGAUUGGCACUAGUGAUGGAGAAGUGCAACUGUGGGACAUUGAAACCAAAAAGAGGUUGAGAAAUAUGUUUGGACACCUGUCUGUGGUUGGAGCUCUGAGCUGGAAUCAUUAUAUUCUGAGCAGUGGUUCACGGCUGGGAUCUAUUCAUCACCAUGAUGUUCGGGUUGCUCAGCACCAUGUUGGGACUCUGUGCCACAAAAAGCAAAGCAUUUGCAGCUUGAAAUGGUCACUAACCAACCAGUUGCUGGCAAGUGGAUCUAGUGAUGGUAUAUUGAAUAUCUGGCCUAGUGACCCUGGUGUGAAAUUGCAGUCACAGCCACUGAAAACCAUACCACAUUCCUCAGCAGUUAAGGCUAUGAACUGGUGCCCUUGGCAGUCUAAAGUCCUUGCUACGGGAGGUGGAAUGAAAGAUGGGAUUUUGCGUGUCUGGGACAUUAAUCGUGAGAAAAUAAUCCAAAGUGCAGCUACAGAUUCUCAGAUCUGUUCCUUGCUCUGGUUACCCAAAACCAGCGAACUGAUGACUGGACAUGGCCUUCCUGGACAUCAGAUGAAAAUAUGGAAAUAUCCCAUACUUAUCAAUUCAUCAGAACUCUACGGCAAGUAUUUCAUUCACAAAGGGAGAGUCCUCCACACAGCUCUGAGCCCAGAUCAGAGCAGGCUUUUUUCUGUUGCGGCUGAUGGGACCUCUUGUCUGUGGAAAUGCCAUGAGCCCAGGGAGAGCAAGCACAGCAGCAAGGCUUUUUCUGAGGGUUGUUUGAGCUCAUUUUUGUGA